UCUCCGCUCCGUCCUUUACUCCACAUGCGAGCUAACAGUUAGCAUUGGUGAUAAACAAGAAAAGUGGACAUAAACGUGUUUUAAAAUGGUCCACAUCAGUCGGAUUUGCUUCCGAAAGUAUGGAAAAUUUAUAGAUAAUCUUCGUCUGUACGUUCGUGGAGGCAGCGGCGGAAUGGGUUUGCCUCGUCUCGGAGGGAAAGGAGGGAACGGUGGCGAUGUUUGGGUAGUGGCGGCACAUAACAUGACUCUAAAGAAGAUCAAGGACACCUACCCGCUGAAACGAUGCAUAGCUGGAUGCGGAGAAAACAGCAGUAUCCGAGCUUUGAAGGGAGUGAAAGGGAGCGACAAGGAGAUUUUGGCUCCUGUUGGAAUCACUGUGACCACAGAUGAUGGCAAAAUAAUUGGUGAUCUCAAUGCUCUGGGUGAUCGUGUGAUGGUGGUAAAAGGAGGAGCUGGAGGCACUUUUGACUCCGAGUUUCAGCCUAAGAAAGGCAAGGCUAAACACAUCAGGCUGGACCUCAAACUUAUUGCCGAUUUGGGCUUCGUGGGGUUUCCAAAUGCAGGGAAGUCAUCUCUCCUCACAGCCUUGUCUAAUGCCACACCUCAGAUUGCCAGCUAUGCUUUCACAACUUUGAAGCCUGAGAUUGGUAAACUAAUAUAUCCAGAUCAUAAGCAAAUCUCUGCUGCCGAUCUCCCAGGGUUGAUCGAGGGGGCUCACAUGAACAAAGGCAUGGGCCACAAAUUCCUGAAGCACGUGGAGAGGACCAAGCAGCUGUUAUUUGUGGUGGAUGUCGGCGGUUUUCAGCUGGCAAGUAAAACGCCUUUUAGGUCAGCCUUCGAAGCUGUGCAACUUCUCACCAAGGAGUUGGAGUUGUACAAAGAGGAGCUUCUGUCAAAGCCUGCAUUGUUGGUGGUCAAUAAAAUGGACCUGCCUGGCGCUGAAGACAAACUGUCUGAGCUGAAAGAACAACUACAAAACCCAGAAGAGUUUGUGGAUUUGCUGCCUGAUGACAUGAUACCGAACAAUUACCUGACCUUCAGACACGUGGUGCCCGUUUCUGCCAUCACUGGGUUCGGUGUCGACCAGCUGAAGAUGAGCAUUCGACAGUCGCUCGAUGAGCAGGCCACUGUGGAAACUCAAGCCACCCACCAAGAGAAGCUGCAGGAACUUCGAUACCACUCGCACGAACAAUCAAAAAUACCUGGACAACAUCUGACACGUGCAGUGCAUGGUAACAAGUGACUGGUGUACGAAGUAUUUGAACUUUGAAGAUGGGAAGAUUCACGCUGAGAGAAAGAAUGACUGCGAUGGAAACCUGCUGGCUUCGCUGGGACCUUUUUAUCACGUUGCCGGACGCUCAGGUCCAUAAAAAGAAGUUCGAGUCAAACUGACCGCUCGUUAACUUGG